AUGGCACGGCAUCUGGUGCAUGUACUGGCCGACUGGGCCAUAAAGAGGGGACUAUGGAAACAGGAACAGCUUGAUAAGGCACUAUGGGAAGAUAUGCAGAAUGUGUUAGCACAAUUCGUGGAUUACAUGGAAGAGAUAGAGGACAACUUAGAGGACUAUGCCACAAGCUGUGGGGAUGCAGGUUGGGAACGUAGAGGAGACAGGCAUAAGGGAACCUUCUACACCGGACACACAGUUGCGGACAAGAUGAAAUGCAGACUGAUGGUUGGAGCAUUACAUUUUGUAGCUGGGUGGGGCAGUCAACUGAAAAAUGAUAACGAACCAUCGGAAAAUGAUAACGACAUGAAGGCUAUUAUGAGGUGUAUGGUGGCAAAUGUUUUUGCGUAUAUAUUGGCGGAAAUAAAGUGUAGAGAUGAGUGGCCUGCAAUAGAUCAAGCUUGGAAGAUAAUGAAGCAGAUUGCAGUGGGAACGGGAGACACCUCUAAUCCGCUUUUCACCGGCAAAUGUAAGCUGGAUGAGUACAGGGGUACAAAGGUAGGAACAGCGGAUUUGCAGGGUGCGGUAAAAAAAUGGUUAGAGACAAAUACAACAAUAAAUGAUCGUAUAAACGCAAUAAAGAAGGACCCACAAUGCAAACUAAAAUGGGAAACGUACAAGAAAGACAUGGAACAGAGCGGAAACGAUGCAUUAGGAAGAACAUCAGGGAAGGUGCAUCCCGGGGUAGGUGCCAUGGCUAAUGGUGGCAUUGGAAAAGAGAUAGUGGAAGUGGUGAAGGAAGUAUUCGUAAAAAUGAAGGACGAAGUAAUAGAAAAGUCCAAGUCACCGCCAGAGAUACAAGGAGCAGCACCCCUUCGCUGA